CACAGAUUGUCAAACCCCCCUCUUACAAUGUCAGAGAUAUUGACACAAAUAUUACACAGAUUGUCAAACCACCCUCUUACAAUGUCAGAGAUAUUGACACAAAUAUUACACAGAUUGUCGAACCACCCAUUUACAAUGUCAGAGAUAUUGACACAAAUAUUACACAGAUUGUCAAACCACCCUCUUACAAUGUCAGAGAUAUUGACACAAAUAUUACACAGAUUGUCGAACCACCCAUUUACAAUGUCAGAGAUAUUGACACAAAUAUUACACAGAUUGUCAAACCUCCCUCUUACAAUGUCAAAUGUAUUAACAUGA